CCUCCCAUAGCUGGUGUUCUGCUGGCCAGACGAAAGAGGCAGCACCAUGAGCCGCACAGUGACCAUCCAGGAGCCCAGAACCAAGCUUCAGGGGUUUCCGUACCGAUGCCAGCGGUUGGGGGCCAAGGGCAGCGCCAGUCGAACGUAUGAUUUCCUGUACGACCCGUUAUUCAUUGUGUCGAGUGAGCGAGACCAUGCACAGGCCAAUAUCCAAGCCACCCUGGUUCGAAGCAGACUGAGAAAAGUUCCUCACUUUAGGUCCAUGUUCAGUAACCUGUUCCAUCACCCACGAUAUUCCUUGUAUUGGAGCAAGUCAGAUCCUGUCCCACUGUGUGUCAAUAGAGAAUGGAGUGGGCAAGAAGCCAGACACAAAGAAGUCCUUCGACUCGGUGCUACGGUGGAUGCUUCCUUCCAGAUGCCCAAGGAAGAGUACAAAGAUGCGGAUGUUUCUGGACGGAAUCGCUAUAAAUUCUUUGACAGGCCCUUCCUUCCAUUUCUUCAACAGAUGCCGCUCAAUGUUGUCUUAGCACCAGCCAAGAUAGAACCAUUUGUUUUUUCUUCUGAAUCUUCCAAGUAUACCGUCAUCCCUUCGAAGUCUACUGUGGGCACUCAGACCGACUACCGGGAUGCGGAUGUGCAAACGGAUCCGUACUCUCCAGAAUAUGUCGUGUGUCAAGACACUAUUCCUGAGCUCCUAACCCUGGCUAACCUGACUUGGGGCCGAGGUCUCCCAGCAGGACAAGCUGAGGUGGAGAUGAUAGAGCGGGCCCGGGAAAAGCGUGCUUGGGAAGCCACUCUGCCCCCACUGAACGACAGCCUCCAGGUUGAGAAGAGGAGGAAGAUGAUGAACGCCAUGGAGAGGAAGGAGUGGGCCUUCAGAGAGGGAGAGAUUGAAAAACUGCAGGACCUGCGGCUGGAGGUUCUGAAGCAGCUGCUGAGGAGGCGCGAGGAGAACCAGAAUGAGCAGGACAUGAAGCACCUGAACGCCCAGUGGUGGAAGCUGCAGGAGGCGAAGGAGGCCAAGGUGGCACAGAUCCAGCACACACACGUGUCAAACAUCAGAAAACUCCUAAGAAAAGGGAAGAAUAUAGAGGGGAAGCUGCAGAGGAGAGACAUCAUCAAGGAGUAUUCUGAUUUUGCAUCUCAGGUCUACGGGCCUUUGUCUCGCCUUGGUCGUUUCCCAGACAACAACUCAGAGGACUUUGUCGUCAGAAACCACUACCUCAACACCUACGAAGGGUUAGUGGAACUUGAAUCAUGCCUCCCUGAUUUUGUGACGCAGCCCAGGAUCAAAGCUCCAAAGCCCAAGAUCAUCACCACCAAGGCUGGCUUUCUGAAGAGGGCCGCGAGGAUGGACUAUGAGUUGGCCGAGGUUCACAAGGCGCUGUUGGAUAAGAAGAAUAAAGUGCUAGACGGAAAGAAGCCUCUGCGAUUCCUGCAAAAGAACCCCACCCCCCAGGCUCGGCUUCCAACCCCCACGCUGGAGAUGCAUUCCAGUGAAGAAGGAGAAAAAGAAAUGGCUGUGAUCUAUCUGCAGAAGUUACUCCGGGGCAGAGUCGUACAGAACAUGAUGUUUGAGGGCAAAGAGAAGCGGCUGGAGUUGAUCAUGGAGUUGCGCACCAGCCACGCCCUUCAAGAGGACGACAAGCUAGUGAAGAAAGCGGAGAAGCAAGUGACCCUGGCCCUGCAGCGGCAGCGGAACCUGCAUGAGAACAAGUUGUCAGUCAUCGAAAACCAUCUGGGUGACCUGGAAGGGAGAGUGCUGGCCGACAUGCUUGACUUCCUGUCCAAGGAGCUGGUGAGGCUGCAGGAGGAGAGGAGGAUCCACGCCUUUGCGAUGCUGGCUGAGCGCCAACGGCGCAUGCGGGAGGCCGAAGAGAGUGGUCGACGGCAGGUGGAGCAAAGGCGCCUGCAGCAAGAGGACCAGAUAUUUAAGGAGUUGAUUAAAGUCCACCAAAGCACUGUGACCUCCUACCUGGAGGACAUCAUCCUGAACACCGAAGAGAGAACUGCGGAGGAACAAGCCAGGGCCGAAAUCGAGAGGAUCGCCGAGGAAAUCAACGACAUCGCUUAUGAAAUGGAAAGCCGUCGAACGUCUCUUCAGUCAGAGGAGAUUGUUGCCGAGUUGGUUUAUAGUUUUCUCAUCCCAGAGGUACAGAAAGACUUCGUCAAAGAGAAAGUGAGGCUUGCGCAGAGGAAGCACAUUCUCGCGGCCCAUCAGAUCGUUCAAAGCUACACGGAAGCUGUGAUCCAGAAGAACGCCACUGAGGAACUGUGGAGAGCGGCCCUUGCGCAAGAGACGCAAGAGACUCAAGAGGCCAAUGAGAGCUCAGCAUCUGACCCACCAAUCGAAGAACAUACUCCAAGCGAGGGAAGCAACUAGGCGAGCCUGACGUUUCCAUCCGGAAGAGAGCUCCGGAGUAGGAGAAGCAGCUCCGUUCAGUUUGGGCCACUGCUCAACCAAGUGUGCCGUGAAUGGACUGGCCCUUGUUUACAAAAAGAAUGGAGCACUUCCACUGAAACUGACUCCUCUCAUCUGGGCUAGGCUACGUAUUGUUGUGUUUAUUAGAAAGUUAGCAUUGGUUCUAUAGCAGUUGGAUUCUUGCUAUCUAAAAAGUAAGGCUGUAGGUUUUCGGGGAGGGGCCUUUUAUCCUAUGAGUGUACACUUCCACGAAUAAAGCAUCAUGGAACGUGUGAACACUGUUUGCAAAACUUGCUGUCACAGAGGUGGACCAGGUGCACCAUGGUGCCUUGUGCUCCCUGUAAGCAGAGACGGAACAGGAUGCAGAAGCUGCCGAGUUCAACCCAAACAUCUGCAAAGUGCGCCCCGGGGGUCUGGUGUUAGCCUCAACUAAAUGUUCAUAUGCACAAAACUGAGGAGGUUCAUAUUUGGCAUGGGGCUGCUCAGUUGGCAUAGAAGACAGGAACACACCAGGUAGGCAUAGGACCUGCCUAGAAUACAAACACCACAUCCCAGAGGCUAGAAUCUCUUGUAAUAAUUUUGUUGACUUAGCUUCCAGGGGCCCUCAAAUGGAUCGUCCCACCUAGAAAAGUUUGCAUGCUGAGGGAGACUCACAACUGUGGGUCCCUGGUGGGCACAAACAGUGUAUCUGCAAGUCAUCCCGGUAGAGAUGUGUUUUAGCAGUCAGGGCCAUUUUUACCGUAAGUAGUGAGUUGCUUGGUAACCCAGCUGACACAUAGCACAUGAUCUACCAGGAGAGCAGAACAGGAGAGUCCUGCAUGAUCCGUGGUUGGUACAUACAAUAUUUGUCAGUAAGAAAGGUAAGACAAAACCAUAAAAGAUAUUGGAAGUAGGGGCCUGGAGAGAUGGCUCAGUGGUUAAGAGCACUGACUGCUCUUCCAGAGGACCCGGGUUCAAUUCCCAGCACCCACAUGGCAGCUCAUAACUGUCUGAAGAUCUAGUUCCAGGGGACCUGACACCUUCACAACAAUGCACAUAAAAUAAAGUUAAAUAAAAUUAAAAAAAAAAAGAGAAGCAGAGGAGAAUCGGAAACCGAGCACAUCACCCCUGGUGUCUGCAUGUCACCUUUGUCCAGAUAUACUUUGCAUAGACCAUGUUCUUCAAGGAAGAGAAGGCAGGAUGCAGAGAGAAGGUUCCUCAUAGAGUAGUGACCAAGGCCCAAGUACACUGCAAGUCCUUAGAAAAUGGUCACCUGGGAGCCGGCUUUGUCCUCUACUGCACAGCAAUCAACAACAAUAGGAAACUAUUCUCCAUCAACAGCUCUGCACCGGAUUUCUGUGAGAGUCAAGAGUAUGAUUGAAAAUAUUUCAAAGUGAUCAGUCUAACCUCCUAUUAGAUCACCUGUGUUCUACCCCACCCACUCUAAGGUAACUUUAAAAAGGGAGGUGGGUAGGCAAAAACAUAUGUGGUAUGAACAGAAACCAGGCUGUAUACCGUUACAAAGGCAUGGGUUCUGCUUCAAGUGCCUACUUUGCUGGCAUUCUGGCUGGAGUUCCCUCAGUGACGGAUGGUGUCCUGGAUGAGAAAGUUAGAUAAACCCUUUCCUGUCCUCCCCUGAGUUUUUUUUUGAGCACCGUGUUUAUCACAGCAACAGAAAGCAAACUAGGGGUACGUGUCCUCCAAAGAAAAAAAAAGGAGAGGGUCCCUCUGAGUCUACCCCAUGGGGACCUCUGUGCUCUAAAGGUCAGCUUGGGCCACACACACCCAAGAAGGAUGUUAAGAGAUUUUGAGAAAGACCAUUGGGCAGGUUGAUAAACUCUGUCUUUCUUCGACUUCACCUGUAUUUACACUCUCGGUGUGUCUGACUCUGGUUUUUAUUUAUAACAUUUAAGAUCUGCCUGCUUCUGCCUCAAUUAAAGGCAUGCGCCUCCACUGCCCAUCUCAUAACUUCCCAUUUUUAUAUGAGAUGUAAACCUAGACCUUUGUGUGCCAGAAGAGCUUGGAGAGAUGAUAAAAGCUGUAAUAAUUUACCUGUGGCUCAAGGACUUUUGGCCUGCUGCCCCGCCUCAGUUGGAAUCCUGCCCACUCUCCUCGGCUACAAAAAUGCCAGUCGGAAGACCUACCUCUGAUCUCGAAGUCAGCAUCUCUUUUCAGGUUUCCCAGCCUCUUAGGCUGUGACACUCUCCUGCUACCCCAGAGCUCACUAGAUAGGCUGUUUCUUCUGGGGACUUCAAUCUCUAUUUCAUGUGUUCUAGCGCCCUGUUGAAGGCUAAGGCAACCUUGAGGGUGGUGGAGUUUAUAAGCAACAGCUUCCCAAUCCUGGAAGGUCUGGGGGGAGAAAACAUCACUCAAAGCCUUCCUGCUGACCCAGCGGUGGUGGCGCACGCCUUUAAUCCCAGCACUCGUGAGGCAGAGGCUGGCGAAUCUCUAUGAGUUCAAGGCCAGCCUGGCUACAAGAGCUAGUUCCAGGACAGCUAGGGUUGUUUCACAGAGAAACCCUGUCUUGGAAAAAAAAAAAAAAAAAAAGACUCACACAAGAAAAAAAAAAAAAACCUGUCCUGCUGGGCAAGUUCCUAGCCAGUCUUCUAGGAGAGUCUGAGGAAAGAAGAAGCUCUCAGAACUUUCUCAACGGUCCAGUUCCCUGCUCCUAGAUAGUGCUCUGCCCUGAGGUUGGAACUGCAAACUCCUACCUGUCUUGUAGCCCUCUCCUUUGUUUUCCUGCUCCUCCCCACUUCUCACAUUAAUGUGCCAGUAUUACAACUUGCUGUCCCAGAAAGUGACUUAGAAAAAUAGCACGUUAGGAACUGUAGACUCCAAGACAUCUUAUCUCCAGCGACAAACACCCUCAGAGAGGCAGGCCCAGGCCCAGAAUUAGGGCAGACACUUAAAACACCCUUUCCUUUAUAUGUUUUACAGUGGUGGAAACUAUGAAAAAAAAAGGAGGGUGUAUAACAAGAGUAAAUACGGUAAUCUGGUCAUGACUAGUUCAGGUGCUGGACUUGGGACUUAGGAGUGCCAUCUGGGGCCUCUUGAGGUGAAAUGUGGGCAAGAAAAACUGUAGCUCCUAUGGCCAGGGACGCCAUGGCCGAAGAUUAGCCAAGCAGGAGGAGUGGAGACACUGGUCAUUUUUCUAGCAAGAGGCUCACCCUCUCCGUGGGAGCUCGACCUUGGCCCAUACGAAACACUACAGGCUUAAGGCGAGACCUCUGCGUGCGACCAGGCAGCCACUGCAGGU